UGCCUGUUGAAGUUUGAUAGGAACAGAGAGAAGAGAAAAAGAAAGAGGAAGCUCUAGAAGACCGAGUCACAUGAUUCAAAUCAACAAAUUUCUUUUUGCGACUAGUUCGUAGCACGUGACGUGUUAUCCAGAUGUUCCAGCAGAUAGGUUCGAGAGUGGCUGUAAGAUAGUAAAACAGGUACUUGGUUAGAUUAAUAGCUGAAAGAGUUUCAACUAUACUUUUUCUUUUUGGCCCAGUCCAAAGUUGGUAUAGACUCAACUCGGUUUGGGCAUUUAUGGAUGUUCACAUCGAACUGGAACGCGGAGGUUAGAUAUUUUAUUAGAUAUCUUGCAAUUGCUGCUCAUUCUACUAUUUUAAAGUACAUUAAUUCCAACCUGACCUAUCUAUGACAGCAUUCAAGUACUCGUUGGUUUCUUCGACUUUUCCGGCCAGCUCGUCCUUCUCUUGGCUUUUACAAAGAAAUUAUUUGGACGAACCAGUUGAAAUGACGGGUCGUAUUCCACAGGCUCGUUACCUAUCCUCUCAAACUGAUAUCUAUAUACUAACAUUGAAAGAAUGACUUUUACUUCCUGCAACGCGAAAUUAAAACCGAUACACAUGCGAGGACCAGCCGCGAAUGGUACAUAUGCGGUCUUGUGUCUCGUUUUCACCUUUUCCGUAUUCCAACGAUCAGGAUCAAAUUCUGCUGGGGAGUCCCAGAUCUUGGGAUUGUUGUGAAUAUGAUGAAUGCCAAUAAUCAUUAUGGAUCCUUUGGGAAUGCGGUAACCACCUGGGACAAUUACAUCGGCGAGAGCGGUACGACCUGGCUGGUAGGAGGGAUUGUGGAGACGUUGAGUUUCUUUGAUGAGAGUCCCAAGGAACUCAAGCGAGUUUGCAAGAUCUGGUGUCCAUUCUGUAUCCUCAGUGACAUCGUGGUCAACAAGUUCUUGAAGCAAGCGUUCCUGAUUGCCGGGAUAUGAAGCAAUACUGUAUAGUAGCCAACUGAGAAGUGAAGCUGUUGUGACGAAUCCAGCUCCUAUGACCACUAGUGAUGCAUUGGUGCGAUAUUUCUCCGCCAGUUUGUUGCCCU